UUCGGCAGGGCGAGCAGCAGCAGCAGCAGCCGCAGCAGCAGCAGCCGCAGCAGCAGUAGCAGCAGCAUGCCAGACUCACCGGUGGACGUGAAGGUUCCAGCUCGCUCCAGCGCCACACCUCCAGCCAUGCCUCCACCUCCUGCCGCAGUCGCCCAAGGAGCCCCGCGAGCCAGCACCUACACGCCCACCGCCAUGAUCAACGGUGGCUCCAGCCACUCUCCCACCGCUGCCUCUAUCGGAGGGUCUCCCUCGUCCCCUCCGCACGGCUACCACGGACCCUCUCCCUCGCCCUCGUCUGGGUCCUCGUCCUCCUCCUCUUCGCUGUCUUCAUCGUCGUCGUCGUCGUCUGCGUCACUCUCCUUGUCCGCCGCGUCAACACUCGGGCAGCAGCAGCAGCACCACCAGUCACAGCAUCACCACCAUCACCACCACAACCACCACAGCAACCAGCAGCAGCAUCAUCAUCAUCAUCAGCAGCAGCAGCAUCAUCAUCAGCAGCAGCAGCACCAUCAGCAGCCGGUGCCGGCGGCUUGCGGUGCCAGGCAGCUGAGCAAGUUGAAGAGAUUCCUGGCGACGCUGCAGCAGUUCGGCUCCGACAUCUCGCCCGAGAUCGGAGAGCGAGUGCGAGGAUUGGUGCUCGGACUCGUGAACUCGAGUGUGACCAUCGAGGAGUUCCACUCAAAGCUGCAGGAAGCAACCAACUUCCCGCUGAGGCCUUUCGUCAUCCCCUUCCUGAAGGCCAAUCUGCCGCUCCUCCAGCGCGAGCUGCUGCAAUGCGCGCGAACCGCCAAGCUGUCCCCGGCUCAAUACCUGGCGCAGAACCAGUUCCUGCUACUUGACGUGGGCAUCCCUCCUGCUCCUCCUGCUGCGCCGCUAGCGCCCGGCGCGGGAACCUCGUCCCACGGUGGCGGCACGAUGGCGGGAUCUCACAACCACCACCACCAGCACCACCACCAGCACCACCAGCACCAGCAGCACCACCACCAGAACCACCACCAGCACCACCCACCGCACCACGGGACCGCAACGACGCCGCACCACCACCACCACCAGCAGCAGCAGCAGCAGCACCACCAGCAACAGCAUCAGCAGCAGUCACCGUCGCCCUUCGACUCUGCCGAGCCUCUACUGGAGGUCAACGAGAAUGGGAAGAGGAUUCUGAGUGACAGGGUCAGCCGGGAAAAUGGGCUGGGCCACGAUGCGCCGAGCAGCAAGCGCCUGUGCCCUCCGCUCGCUCCCCCACCGCCGUCCAUCGGCGGCGGCGGCAACGGGCCGCCUCUCAACGGCUCGUCCGCUUCCUCCCACAAUGCCCUGGCCGCUCUGGCCUCUCCCCUGGCGCUGGCUCCUCCAUUAGCCCCGAGUGGCGGCGGCGGCGGCGGCGCAGGGGUCGCGGGGUCGACGGCGCAGCGCCCGGCGUCGAGCGGAGGGGUCCACGGCCAGUCGGCGGUGGUGGGGCUGUCUCAGCCGGCGACGUUGUAUUCGCUGGGCGGCGGCGGCGGCGGCGGCGGGCACCACAGGCGGGCGGAGGAGAUGGCGCACGGAGGGAGGGCGGCACACAACAUCCCGCAGAGGGCGGCCAUGGCGGCCUCGCCGUCCGGGCUCUACCGGGACGCGGCGUGCGAGAUGCGGGAGCACCGGGAACGGCACCACUCGCUCGCCCUGCCCGUGUCACGUCCCGAAGAGGUGAUCGACCACCGCUUGACGGAGCGUGAGUGGGCCGAGGAGUGGAAACACCUCGACCACCUACUCUCCUGCAUCCUCGAGAUGGUGGAGAAGACGCGGCGCGCCAUCUCCGUCCUCCGCCGCUGCCAGGAGACCGACCGGCAGGAGCUGGCGCGCUGGGUACGCCGCUGCUGCUCCGAGGAGGCCGCCGACCCUCCCGGCGCCGGCGCCAGUGCCGGCCCCGUCGGCAAGAAGAACGGCCUGGGCCAUGUCGCGGUCGGAGGCUCCGGCUCCACGCUCGGCUCCGGGUCCGUGUCCGGGAUUUCCAAGCAGCAGCAGCUGGCGCCGGUGGUGGCAGCCGUCUCGUCGGGCGGGCUGGCGUCGACCGCGUCGCUGCUUCUGCUGGACACGCACCAGGAAUUCUUGUCGAGGCCAGGAACGCGCUACAUGCCCGAAGAUAUCUGGAGAAAAGCAGAGGAGGCGGUGAACGAGGUGAAACGGCGGGCCAUGUCGGAGCUGCAGAAGGCCGUGUCGGACGCGGAGAGGCAGGCGCGCAGCACCAUCGAGGGGGAGCGCGCACGCAUGGAGCGGGCGCUCGCAGACGCCAAGCGGCAGGCGGCCAGUGACGCCAUCGCCCUCGUGGCGCGGCAGGACGACUCCAGCGAGAGCUGCUGGAACUGCGGCCGCAAGGCGAGCGAGACGUGCUCGGGUUGCAACACGGCACGCUACUGCGGCGCCUUCUGUCAACACAAGGACUGGGAGCGCCAUCACCACGUUUGCGGGCAGCGGCAGCAGCAGCAGCAACCACAAAAGGAACAACAUCGUCAUCAUCAGCAUCACGGCGGCGUCUCGCUGAGUUGA